AAAUCCUGUGGGUUUCCCAAUACAAAGCAGGGAGAAGCAAAACCAUGGGCAGUUUUCUGUCCGCCCAAACAAAACCUGCCAUUCUAAAACCGGCUGCUCCGCUCUCUGUAUAUAGUCUGUCCUUAUCUAUCCGUUCACUCAAUCUAAUGCAUUUCCCACCAUUUCCCUCUCUCUCUCCCUCUCUCUCUCUCUCUCUCUCUCUGUGUUGUGGAUUCUGUAUCUGCAGGAAGGCAAUCAUCGGUCUGGGCAGCUUCAGGACUUGGUGAUGUGACAAUUGGAUUCCAAUCUUUCGGAUUUUAGCGAUUUGGGCAGUUUCCUUUACUGGGUUUUGUUCAAAUUUAUCUAUUGAAUUAGCGGGUAUGCUUUCACCCACUUCCCUGAAUGUUUUCCUCAGCCAGUAGGCGGUGACAAUUUUUCUCACCUGGGUGUUUGUGUUUGUCUUCAAGAGAGAACAACCUUUGAUAACCAGUCUUAGUUUCCGAUGGAACCAAAUGGUUUAGGUGGCGGGAUGUUUCCUAACAUUGGUUCUGGGAUGCUAGGAUUAGAACUGCCUCUGCAGCAUCAACAACAAAAAAGCCCCACAAACGCACAAAACCCUCACCACCACCUCCACCCUUCCCACCUCCUCCACCCCCACCAACCAUCACAAUCUCAGCAAUCCGCGAAAUACCCAUUUGCCCCCAAACCCAAGAUAUCUGUGCCGGCCCUCAGUGAUGAAGACGAGCCUGGUUUUGCUGCCGACGACAGCAACUCCGGGGAUGCCAAGAGAAAAAUGUCACCGUGGCAGAGAAUGAAGUGGACAGACACCAUGGUGAGGCUGCUGAUAAUGGCGGUGUAUUACAUCGGCGACGAAGCUGGGUCCGAAGGGACCGAUCCAACGGGGAAGAAGAAGACUGCGGGGUUGUUGCAGAAGAAAGGGAAGUGGAAAUCUGUUUCUCGGGCUAUGAUGGAGAAGGGGUUCUAUGUGUCUCCGCAGCAGUGCGAGGACAAGUUCAAUGACUUGAACAAGAGGUAUAAAAGAGUGAAUGAUAUUCUUGGGAAAGGUACGGCUUGCAAGGUAGUGGAAAACCAGAGCUUGUUGGAGACGAUGGACUUGUCACCUAAGAUGAAAGAAGAGGUUCGGAAGUUGCUGAAUUCGAAGCACUUGUUUUUCAGGGAAAUGUGCGCGUACCACAAUAGUUGCAGUCACGGGGUUGCUGGUGGAGGAGCAAGUCCGUCGCCGGAGGUCGCCACUGAGCCAUCUCAUACUCAGCAGCAGCAGGCUCAACAGCAACGGUGCUUCCAUUCGUCGGAGAAUGCGGUUAUGGCGGCUGAGAGGUCGAAAAUUGGUGGAGAGGAGGAGGAGGAUUAUGAGGAGGAUGAUGAUGAUUCUGAUGAGGAAGAGGACGAGGAUGGAGUGGAAAGCGGUUCCAACGAUGAGGGGUGUUCGAGGAAAAGAUCAAGAAAGGGAAUGUUUUGUAUAUCGUCGCAGUUAAUGCAGCAACUGAGCGGCGAGGUGAUGAGCGUGCUGCACGAUGUGGGGAAGAGCCCGUGGGAGAAAAAGCAGUGGAUGAGGGCGCGGAUGUUACAGCUGGAGGAGCAGCAAGUGAGCUACCAAGGUCAGGCGUUUGAGCUAGAGAAGCAGCGGUUGAAGUGGGUGAAGUUUAGCAGCAAGAAGGAGAGGGAGAUGGAGAAAGCUAAGCUUGAGAACGAGCGGAGAAGGCUUGAGAAUGAGAGGAUGGUUUUGCUUGUCCGCCAGAAAGAGAUGGAGUUGCUUCAUCUUCAACAACCACAGCAACAGCUACAACAUUCUUGUAACAAGCUGGGUGAACCAUCCUCUGUUACUGGUUGAAUUGUUGUAUAGCUUAGAUUACAAGAUAGGUUAGGUAGACCAAAAAAAAAAAAAAUUGUUUUGUCUUGUUCAGUUUGGAUUUUCCAAAUUUUGUUGUGAAUUUGGGUAGUUCUGUAUGUAUUCAGGCUCUUGUUCCUCCA